AUGGAGAAAAUUACAAGCAUCUUUACUCUUAUACUUGUCAUGAUUUUGUUGUCAGCUUCUUCCAAAUAUUAUACAACAUCAUCUAAGGAACUUGAGUAUGAGGAAGAGUACUUCAGCUACGACGAGGAUAGCGAAAGGGGACCAGCCCGAUGGGGAGAUAUACGAGAAGAAUGGAGCAUGUGUAAGAAGGGAAGGAUGCAGUCUCCAAUAGAUCUGUCGAAUGAGAGAGCUGAAAUGGUUUCCCAUUUAGGGAUUCUUAAAAGGAUAUACAGGCCAUCCAAUGCCACUCUCAUUAAUAAAGGCCAUGCCAUGCAGUUGAGUUGGAAAGACUAUGCGGGAUCUAUUGAAAUCAAAGAAACUAAAUAUGAACUUCAGCAAUGUCAUUGGCACUCACCUUCUGAGCAUACCAUUAACGGAACAAGAUUUGAUCUCGAGGCUCACUUGGUUCAUAAGAGCAAGAGCGGAAAAAUUGCUGUUAUAAGCAUCAUUUACAAACUUGGACAUGCCGAUUCUUUCUUAACUCGGUUGAAGGAAGACUUGAUCAACAUUAAAGACACACUAGAAAUAGAGAGGACUGUGGGGAUUGUAGAUCCGAGAUUGAUUGAGAUUGGAAGUCACAAAUAUUACCGUUACCAUGGUUCUCUCACUACUCCUCCUUGCAAUGAAACUGUUACCUGGACCGUCACCAAUAAGGUAAUGACAGUAUCAAGAGAACAACUUAAAGUGUUGCGGAAGGCAAUUCAUGAUAAAUCGGGGAGCAAUGCUAGGCCAUUACAAUCCAUAAAUGCACGCACAAUUCAAUUUUAUACUCCCGAAGAUUAUUAA